AUGGAUUUCACUAAGUACUGGAACAUUUUCUGGACACUGACAUUUGCCUUAACAUCCGUGGUUAUUACCAUCGGAAACCUUAUCACCACUGUGAUAUUUUUGAAACAGAAACUUCGAAAACGCCCACACUUCCUACUGAUUAGCUUGGCCAUCGCGGAUCUUAUGGUCGGAGCCUUCGCUGUGCCUCUGUACAUUGCUGUUGGAAUUUGCACGACUAAACGUUUGUUGAUACUUACAUUCCAAUGUGUUGAUAUUUUCACCGGAGUUUUAUCAAUAUUCACCUUGGCUAGCAUUUCGUUGGAAAGGAUGCACGCUGUUUUGUGGCCUUUACGCCAUCGAACGCUGACGUCGCAUUUCUACACGUGUGUCAUAGGUAUCCCUUGGAUCCUAGCUCAUCUUGGCAUUUUAGCCCGAGUCCUGCUUUAUUUUUAUAUAAUAUCGAAACUGGCUUUUGUUGUCAUCAUUUUAGUCUCUCUCACAAGCCCUCUUCUUUUCACAUGCGUUGCUUACUCUCUAAUAUGGAGGAAGCAAAAGACUCGUCCUCACCUGGCAAGACAAGCACAUCAAGAUGACUGUUUAACAAAAACACUUUUCAUUGUUUCCGGGUCAUUUGUCGUAACUUGGCUUCCAUCCCACAUAAUGAACAUUAUUGCUUCGUUUUGUACUCCGUGCCAAGGCUGGCCUUUUGUGGUUUUUCAUCUUAUGAAACUACUUCAGUUUGGUAAUUCUUUUGUCAACGUUGUCAUCUAUCCUUUUAGAAUUGCCGAAUACAAGGAAGCUCUC